AUGGGCGAGCCGGAGGACGUUAUGGACGAACAGCCAGACCACGGCAACUGGUGCGAUAUCCAACUCUCUCAGGCCGACCUCCUUCAGGGCAAUUUCAGGCAGGAUACCCUUGAAGAAGAGCUCACUCAAUUCACCAACGAUGUCACAACGAUCAACGACACUAACAAUACGCCAGAACCUCGCCUCGAGGAUCUAGACCCAGAAAGCCCAGAGUAUCAAAAACUCAUCACCCUCAAAUAUAACCGAAUGCAAGCGGUGCCAGUUAGAUCCUCUCCUCCCGCGAUCACAACCGAUGCACCCACAAUCGAAGACCCAACUGAUGACGUGUGGCACGAGGCCAGCGAGCGUAUCGUGGUCAGUGAUGGCUACGUUCCUCAGGGACAGGAAGGUCUUAGCGGCGGACAUCGUCAUAGUGUAGGAGCCGUGGAGAAGCGAACAGCAACAUACAACCCACCAACCAGCGACUGCCGCAUUCCAGCUAGUAUACCCAGCAAAGGAAACCCCGCUUUAAGUCUCUUCAAUCAGCUCGUCAACUACGAGCGGGCAGAUGACAUUGAGCAUUCAUCCGACCAUUUCCCGAUCAGAACAGUACUUGACAUUGAAACCCCGGUGCUAAUACAACAGAAGCGGAGAAACUGGAAUGCGACUGACGAUAAUAAACUCAUUCAGAAGAUUAAGGAAGAUUCAAAAGCAAAGGACCUGUCACAAGCGGGCCCACCGCAAAUCGAGGCCCAGUAUCAGAAACUGCUGGACACCGUCCAAUCAGCAAUUGAGGCUUCAACUCCGUGGGCAAAACCGUCAACAUGGUCGAAUCCUGACUUCGAUAACGAGUGCAAGGCGGCCGUUAAGGAAAUGCGUUACUCUGAGGCACGCAACAAGAAAACACGUCUAGUCAAAAGGGCACUAUCGAGAGCGCACCGCCGUCGAGUCCAGCAGGUCAUCGAAGAUGGCCCCCAGGGCAUGUGGCGCCUCGCUAAGUGGGCGAGGAAUCGCAACGGAGCCUACGAAAAAGGCCUCACCCCUUCUUUAAAGAUUCAAGGUCUUCAAUCACCAGGACAGCUGGCGGAGACGGUCGAGCAGAAAGCAAACGCCUUCCGGGCAGCUUUUUUCCCACAGCCACCGCUAGCAGAUCUCUCAGACACUGUAAAGCGAGGCAAAAGCUAUUAUCAACUCGCAAAGUCCUACCGGCCUGUAGCUUGGCUCAAUACCCUUGGCAAGUUCCCAGAGGCAGUGGUCGCACGGCGGAUCAGCUACGCGGUGGAAACCAUGGGAUUGCUCCCAAAGACCCAUCUCGGCGGUCGACGGGGGAUCUCCACGGACCACGCGAUUCACAACAUGAUUGACAGAAUCAAAAUGGCCUGGGGAAAGGGCAAACCGGUGGUGUCACUGCUGAUGCUGGAUGUAUCAGGAGCAUACGAUAAUGUUUCCCACGAUCGCUUACUCCAUAACCUCAGAAAACGACGCCUGGGACAAAUCGCCCCCUGGGUGAAGACCUUCCUCUCUAAUCAGAGCACGAGAAUUCACCUCACUAAGAACUACGGGAACGGCGUAACUAGCAACGGCUGGGUGGACGAUGUCUGUUUCAUGGCCAAGGGAGACAGCGAACGCGAGACCACAAAGAAACUCAGAAUGGCAUAUCGAAAAGCCGAUCAAUGGGCCAGAACACAUGCCUCAGUCUUUGACCCAAAAAAGUACGCACUCGUGCACUUCGUGAACACCCGAGAAAUUGACCCUUAA